AUGAUUCUCCUGAUUUCAAUUGUUCUGCUGGGCUCUAUCCUCCACUACAUGUGGAAGGCCGAAGCAGCGCUAAGCAGGCCCUGGACACCAGACGACAGCUCCCUCGCCUUUAGCCAACGACCACUUUCCCCACCAGCAAAUGAGAGCUUCCUGUCUUCGCCCGGAUACAAGCUCCCACUACGGACCAAAGGGCGGGAUAUCGUGGACCAAAAUGGCAAGCGCUUCAAGCUCUCAUCUGUCAAUUGGUACGGCGCCAGCGACGAGCUCUUCAUUCCCGGCGGGCUAGACGUUCAACACCGCGACGUCAUCGCAGCCACGAUCCGCUCGCUCGGCUUCAACAGUGUGCGUAUGCCAUACAGCGACGAGAUGGUCAUUUCCAACCCGGAAGUUCCGCCGCAUCUUCUUUCGGCAAACCGGGAUCUGGUGGAGAUGCGGGCCCUGGAUGUGUUUGAGGCGACUGUAACCGCCUUGACAGACGCCGGGUUGGCCGUCAUUAUCAACAAUCACAUCACCACUGCGACAUGGUGCUGCGGCGCCGACCCAUGCGAUGCCGGCUGGGCAAAUGAUUAUCUCCCCCAACGGGCUGUGUCGGUGCGCGGGCUUUGGGGCACCAUGCCAUGGGAGAAAUGGGCGUCGGCGGCAGAGCGAGCAGGCAAUGCCUUGCUGAUGAUGAACCCGGACUGGCUGAUGGUUGUGGGCGGGACCGAGUCCGGAAACGACCUGACGGGCGUGAGACGUCGGCCGAUCGAGCUGGACGUGGAGGACAGAGUGGUGUACUCGGCGCACGUCUAUUCGUGGAGUGGUUGGGGGAGUGCGGGAGGAAGAUAUUCGAAACGCACAUAUGCUUCCUUCGUGAAAGCCAUGCGUAAGAACUGGGCUUACCUAGUGGAAGAAAACAUGGCGCCUGUUUGGAUUGGAGAAUUUGGCGCGCCCGACCGUCCUGGCAUCGGUGAUGCGAACUAUUGGCGGAAUCUCCUGCGGUAUCUGAAGGAGAUUGAUGCCGACUUUGGAUAUUGGGCCGUCAACCCGCGAAAGCCGAGGGACAACGAGAGGGAAUCAUACUCGCUCGUUGAGGAUGACUGGGUCACGCCGGUGCUGGAUUAUCGUAUGAAGGACAUGGCGGAGCUGAUGAGACAGUGA